UGCUGUGCGUGUGUGAGAGAGAGGAGGAGAGAGAAAUCUCCGAAUACACGACAGUAGGGAUGCACCAAGACACCAGAGCGCUUACACGCACACACACACACACACAGACACUUCCUCUACACUUGCUCUAUUUUACUAGUCAUUUCUCAUUCAGGACACAGUAAGACACAGUGACCCAGACUUCUGAGUGUAUGUGGAUUUAAACCAAGAGAGUUGGCAUCGUAAAUCAUGCACUGAUUGUAUCGGAUGAGACGAAGGAAUUUACCAUUGCUGAAGAUGCCUCAGGCUGUGGGCCAGCUCUGUCUAACCAGGACAGGAAAUCUCAUGUGAGAGGUCUAAGAGACUCUGCUUUCGUCAUCCAUUAGUCCAUCAGCCCAGAUUUCCCCCUUGUUUUUGUAUCAAAGGUGUGCAUCGGAGUCAGUAGCGGCGUGAAGGUUGGAGCCAGCCAAUCGGAGGAGAGAGAUGUGGCCGCAGGGGCAGUGGGCUCCUCUGGCUGUGCUGUCAAUCAUUGUGCUGCUGUGGAAGGAGGCGGCUCCCAUCGAUGUCCCUCCAGACCCAAGGAUCCAGCAGGACUUGAAACAGCCCCCUACUAUUGUGAAGCAGUCAGCAAAGGACUAUAUUGUGGAUCCCCGAGAUAACAUCAUCAUUGAGUGUGAGGCCAAGGGCAAUCCUGUACCAACAUUUUGGUGGAGACGAAAUGGGAAGUUCUUCAAUGUGGAGAAGGAUCCACGUGUGUCCAUGCGGAAACGCUCGGGCACACUGGAGAUCAGCUUCAGGAAUGGUGGAAAGCCUGAGGACUACGAGGGAGAAUACCAAUGCUUUGCUAUGAAUGACUUUGGCACUGCCAUUUCCAACAAAACACUGCUGCGUGUUUCCAAGGCACCGCUGUGGCCUAAAGAGGUUUUGGAGCCAGUGGUAAUAAGUGAGGGAUCACCUCUUGUCCUGGCCUGUAACCCACCUCCUGGCCUUCCGCCACCUAAAACAUUCUGGAUGGACAGUAGAAUGAUGCCUAUAGUGCAGGAUGCUCGAGUGUCCAUGGGCCUGAAUGGAGAUCUUUACUUCUCUAAUGUGCUUGCUAAGGACGCUAACACUGACUACAGCUGCAAUGCCCGUUUUCUCUUCACACACACCAUCCAACAGAAGAAUCCUUUUAUCCUCAAAGUACAGACAAAAGAACCUUAUAAUGACACUGUUUACUCUCCAAACGACACUUACAUAUACGGUGCACGUAACAUUCAAGAAUCAACACCUACCUUUCUCUCUCCUGUGGGAAUAUCCAGCACCAAGAUGGUGCUCCGCGGAGAGGAGCUUCUCCUGGAAUGUAUAGCUGCUGGAGUUCCAACUCCUGAAAUCAAAUGGUUUAAGAAAGGAGGGGAUUUGCCAGAGAGAAAGGUCAAAUUUGAGAACUUCCAUAAGACCCUGUCUAUAGUUUCUGUGUCGGACGAGGAUUCUGGAGACUACAUCUGCAUGGCCAGUAAUAAGAUGGGCAGCAUCCGCCACACUAUCUCCGUUCAAGUUAAAGCUGCUCCUUUUUGGCUACAUAAGCCAUCUAACCUCGUGCUAGCACCCAAUGAGAAUGGCCAGCUGCAGUGUUUAGCCAGUGGAAACCCCAAACCUAGCAUCCAGUGGCUUGUGAAUGGAGAGCCGAUAGAGAGCUCACUGGAAAAUCCAAGCAGGGAGGUGGUUGGUGAUGCGAUCAUUUUCAGCUCAGUGCAAAUUGGCACCAGCGCUGUAUACCAGUGCAAUGCCUCAAACGAACAUGGCUACCUGCUGGCUAACGCAUUUGUCAACAUACUGGAUAUGGCACCCCGGUUAUUGGGACCCAAGAACCAGCUGAUUAAGGUGAUCGAGAACAAACAAGCCUUUCUGGAUUGCCCUUUUUUUGGCUCACCUUACCCAUUUGUGCGGUGGUUUAAGAAUGGCCAGGGUAUAGUUCCGAAUGGUGGGAAGUACAGCUUGCAUGAAAAUGGUACCCUGGAGAUCAAGCGAGUUCGACCUGAAGAUGAGGGAACUUACACUUUUGUGGCAAGCAACAUCCUGGGCAAAGCUGAAGAUCAGGUCCGUUUAGAAGUCAAAGAGCCGACGCGGAUUGUCCGAGCUCCAGAGAACCUCUCCUCCAAUAGAGGAAGUGUGGCUCGUUUUGAUUGCAAGAUUAAACACGAUUCCUCACUCCCCAUUACUGUCACCUGGCUCAAAAACGACAAGCUCCUGCAUUUUCCUUGGCUGAGCAGGUUUAAGAAGGAGGAGGACUCAUUGUCCUUUAGCAACGUCCAGCCUGAUGAUGAGGGAACAUACACUUGUACAGUUACUACAGAGUUAGACCAGGACUCUGCCUCGGCCCGGCUUACUGUUUUAGAGGAUGAAUCCCUAGCUCCCUCAAAACCUAGUGCCUUAGCAGAUCGUCCUGAUCCUCCUCAGGACCUGGAGCUGUCUGAUCUUUCAGCACGCUCCGUCCGGCUCACCUGGAUCCCCGGCAAUGACAACAACAGUCCUAUUACACAAUUCCUUGUUCAGUAUGAAGAGAACCGGUGGAGACCAGGCGAAUGGCAAAAUCUGUCCAGUUACGCAGGUGAUCAGAACUCUGUGAACCUGAAUCUGUCUCCGUUUGUGAACUACCAGUUCAGAGUGAUCGCAAUCAACAGUGUGGGUCAGAGCCGACCGAGCCGGCCAUCAGCCCGCUACCAGACCAGCGGAGCACCUCCUUAUGUUUAUCCCAGUGGCCUUAAAGGGUGGGGUACCAAGAAAACCAACAUGGAGAUCACUUGGCAGCCCCUACUUGAUAACCAAAGGAAUGGUCCUGAUCUACGUUAUGUGGUCUCCUGGAGGAGGAAGGACUUGGAGGAGGAAUGGAAUAACAUCACCACUACCAAUACGAAGCAUGUGGUUGUUGAUACAGAUACUUAUGUCCCCUAUGAGAUCAAGAUCCAGGCAGUCAACGACUUUGGUCCAGGCCCUGAGUCAAACAUAGUGAUUGGCUACUCAGGGGAGGACAGGCCUGUGGAGGCACCUGGAGAGCUCAGGGUAUCAAAGUUAAACAGCAAUAAAGUGAAUAUAAACUGGAUCCCUGUUGAGGCGAAAUCCAUUAAUGGAGAGUUUAAAGAGUACAGGCUAUAUUACUGGAGGGAGGCCAGCUUGGUGAAAGACUUGAAGGUGAAUAAGGACAAGAAAACAAAAGGUUUCUUCAGCGAUGUGUCUCAGAACAGUGGCGUCCUUAUGGACCUCGUCCCUUACAGCAAAUACAAGAUGUACAUGGUGGUGGCCAACAACAAAUUUGAGGGACCACACAGCAACACUGUGGAGUUUCAGACCAAGGAAGGCUUGCCAGGGGCUCCUAAGUUCUUCAGGAUUGUCCAGAGGGACAGCAGCACCAUUCGUCUAGAGUGGAAUAAGCCUCUAGAGCCGAAUGGCAUUCUGAUCGGAUACACACUCCAAUACAAGACAGUGAAUGGGACACAGGAGGGCAAUCUACAGAUCCUGAGCUUCUUCCCUAAUGAGACAGAGUACACCAUGCGCUUACCUGACCGCUUCACCCGCUACAAGUUCUACCUGUCUGCUCGGACGCAGGUCGGCUCUGGUGAGGUCUAUGCUGAGGAAUCGCCUCACUUUGCCAAUGAAGAAGACUUUGUGACUUCAGGUACUGACCCUACAGGUGUAGUAAUCGAUUCUACAGAUGCCUUGGAUGCCUUUGCAACUCCUCUUCCCCCCUUUUCCCCACCUCCCAUCCCAAGUACAACCAUUACAACCUCAACAACUACCACCAUUGCCCCUACAACUGAUGCCACCCCCACUACUCCUGCUCCAACUACUCCAACAACAACAACUACUACAACUACAACUACCACUACCAGUACUACCACCACCACUACAACCCACCCCACCCUGCCUUUCAUGCCGGCCCCGCAUGUAAAGAUCUGGAAUCUGACCGUGGAUGCUAACAGUGACUAUGCUAACGUCAGCUGGAAGCACAACUUCCCGGUUGACAGCAGCGAGUUUGUGCUAGAGUUCACACUGGACAGUAAUGGGUCUAUGAAAAGUGUGCUGUUCAAACAUGAACCCCCCAUUAAGCUGGCUGGGUUGAUAGCUGGAGCUAAGUACCGGCUCCGUGUGUAUUCCCACGAACAGCCCAGCAUCACCAGCGAGUAUGUCACCUUCGAGACCAGUGGAGCCUACAGUACGGACCAAGUCGACAUUGCCACGCAGGGUUGGUUCAUUGGUCUCAUGUGUGCCAUUGCACUCCUCAUUCUCAUCCUGCUCAUUGUUUGCUUUAUCAAAAGAAGCCGAGGAGGGAAAUAUCCAGUGAGAGACAAAAAAGACCUCCCUUUGGACCCUGUGGACCACAAAGACCAGGAUGGAUCAUUUGAUUACCACAGCGAUGAGGACAACAAGCCUUUGCAGGGAAGUCAGACCUCUCUAGACGGCAAUGUCAAGGAAAGUGACGACAGUCUAGUAGACUACGGAGAGGGAGGGGAUGGCCAGUUCAAUGAGGACGGCUCCUUCAUAGGCCAGUACACAGUCAGGAAGGAUAAGGAGGAGACGGAGGGCAAUGAGAGCUCAGAGGCCACAUCACCUGUCAAUGCCAUCUACUCUCUGGCGUAGAUUAUCCCGGAAUGAACAGAAGGCCAAAUGCACACACAGUUAAUUCAAUAUAUAGAGAGAAAUCUGGAACCACAUAUACACACUUAACGUUGAGAUGCACAGUCCCUAUGAAGAAAGCAGGGGUGAGAAAACAAACCCCUGGUUGAGGAAUUCAGAACUCAGACUUCAGUGUGCCUUUAGGGCAAUGGGGCACAGGGAAGACAAUGGCAACCUGAGACUUUCAAGCAUUUUCUGUGGCUUAUUUUUUAUUUUUCAAAAUCCUGAACCCACAUUCACACUUCCUAAUAUCAGAGAAAAGCAGACACAGGCAGAAGUCCUGUGACAUACCAGUAGUGGGCCGAAUCAACAAAGGAACAUCGGCAAAUGCCAAAAAUAUGAUAGAUGCGUCAAUAAAAGAUGUAUGAAUGCUGUAAUCAGUGCUGGCACAGCUUGCUGUACCAUAAAAAUCUAUGCACUAUGUAUUACCAUAAUUUACUUUUGGUUGAAAUUGGGUGAUCAAAUUUCUUCUUUUCUUUCAUAAUGCAAAAAGCAUUAAGUUACUGUUAAGUCACUGUUAAGUCACUGAAAUGCUAUACUUCCUGGCACCCGUGCCCUAGCAGUAGACAUGUCUGCUGUAGUGUGAUGCCUAUUUUUGCAAGUAUAUUUUCAUUGGCUGCAUCUAUAGCAUUUCUAAUUAUCACUGCUGAUGUUUAUAGAACUGUAGGCAAGCACCAUCAUUUAUCAAAUUAAAAAAAAAAAAAAAAAACAACUAACCAAACAAGCAAACAAACAAACAAAAAAUGCAUUAUUUUGGAGCAUGGUCAUGUUUGUGCAAGAGACAAUAGAGUGGUUGAAAAGAAAACUUUAUCUCUGUUAGCUCAAUAAAACACAAUUGUAUAAUCAUUUUUUUAAAGUUGGCACUAUAUAUUAAAUAAUGGGGAUGAUGAUGAUGAUGAUUAAUCUGACAUCCACUAUUUUUUCUAGUAUUUUGGGCUGUGGUCUUUGUUUUAGUAAGUUUGUUCUAGGGUGUUUAGGUGCAAAGUAGACGGAUAGACGUGGAAGCAGUAAUGCUAAAUGGCUCGCAUAAGAAAAGUCAUUAUUGAAAAUUUUUAACAUUAAAGCCAUGCUUGAUAUUAUCAACCAUUUUUAAUCUUCUAUAUCGCCCACAUCUUACAGAAACAAAAACAAAAAGUGGAUCCAGACACAUAGGGUCUAGUUUUGGUAUUAAAACAUUGCAUGGUGAGGUUAUAUGAAAGGAUUAUUUACAUUGCUUAAAUAGGGGACCAUACAAUUUAGCAUGCUUUCUUUUCAGAGCUUGGUUUCAACACUGCCUAAAAAGCAACUUGAAGUCUAGUGCCACUCACAGUGGUGGGCGUGGCCACUUAGCCAAUACAGCACCAAUAUAGUUACUUCAAGCAGAGGGCUCAGUGUAUGUAGAAUUAAAUAUUUAUUUGUAUUUAAUUUAUACAAUUUAUAUAAUUAAUAUAUUGCUGAUUAAUUUAAUGAACACCCAAUUUUAACCGCUUGUCUCAUGAGGUCACUGAAUAGUUUCUCACCUAAUAUAAGGUACAGUAAAUAUGUACUUUAAAAAAACUAUAUUAGACCCAUACUGUGUAAUAAUGGAUGUGUGGGAUAAGGGCAGUGGAUGUUUUAUCCACUAAUUAAAUGUAUGUAUCCAUUAAAUGUAUGUUUUAUCUGUUAAUAGUGCUGUUUCUUUUGUAUUAUUGUUGUUGUAUUACUGUUCCAAUAUGUUGAUAUAUUUCAAUUUAUUUCCUGUCACUUUUACAUGACACAGAAAAAAAUAUUGUUUGUUUAUUUUAGUCAGACACAGUUUUGGGCUCUCUGUCAUAAAUGUAAAUACUGAUUUGCAGACGGGUGGCAAAUUAAAGGGAAACCUUUAUGCUUGCAUGGUUUGAGUCCACUUGUUCCCUUAGAGGGAAGCUUUAUAGCUAAUCAAUAUGAAGUUGUUCUGAUUGAACAUCUUUAUUCAGAGAUUAAGCAUUUCUAUCCUGAUGGGAGUGGUCUGUUCCAGGAUGUACUCACCCCCAUCCUUAGUUCACAAGGACUCACUCAAUAAUUUGAUGAGGAUGAAAAUGAUGAAAGCAUAUGCUGUGGCCUUCACAGUUACCAGAUCUCAAGUCAAAUGAACACCUAUGGGAGUUUUUGGAGUGACGUGUUAGACAGCACUUUCCACCACCAUCCUUAAAACACUACUUGAGAGCAGCCACUUAUCCAUUGGAAGAAUAAUAUUCAUUCCUCCAAUACAGGUCCAGUAGAGUCUAUGGCAGUGUCUAUUGAAGCUGUUCUGGUGGCUUGUGGUAGCCAAAGAAUGUAUGUUGUUGUUGUUGUUUUUUUUUUUUCUUUUACUUUGUCACCCAUCUGUAGAUUUUUGACUUGACACUUGCAAAUUGAGCACUAACAGUGUUUAAAUUAUGGGGGUCUUGGCAGCGCUAAGUCCCCCAAGGUAAAGCCAGAGGCCCCCUAGAUUUCACCAAAACCUGUCAGAGGGGAUCCACAUUGUUAAUGUAUUAGGCUGAAUGUCAUAAAGUCAUAUCAUAUAUAUCAUAAACUUGUGUGUCUGUAUAUUAACUUUCUGACAAAAGUAGCGAUAUAAUGAGCUGAAGAGUUGUCAGGAGGCAUGUCCACAUCCAGCUGAGCUAAAGAUCAGCUGUAAUAAAUUGACAGUUGACAGUAACUGCAACAUGGUUUUAUUUUUAUUAAUCAAAUUGCUGGUCAGCUUCUGCAUACGGGUUUGCUUUGAAACUAGGUUAGGACUAAUUCUUUGUUUUUCAGUUCAUUAAGCCUAUAAUGUUAUAUCUCUUAUUUGUGUUGUUAAAUACUAUAUGCGUUUCAAAUAUAGCCUAUUUUGGACUGAAGGCAGUUCAAAAUAUUACGCUUGGAUUGGAUAUUUUUUUGGAUUCAGCUGUUAUUCUUACCUCAGUCCUGGUCUCGAGUAUUGAAUGAGGCCAACUUGUUUACCCAAUUUUUCCUUUUCUUUUGUGCAUAUUUGUCCCAGUUACUUGCACAAACCUAUGGGCAGAAAUCUUGGUAGCUGUAAGGGUUUGCUAUUGUAGCAUUCUGCCCCCAUCUACUGGGGGCUGAGCUUAUCUUUCUCUUGGUGUACACGUUACUGUGUGAAGCAAGAUUUUUGUCACUUCAGUUUUCCCAUCAUCACUAUACCUCAAUAUCAGACUUGGGCUUGCUUCUUCAUAAUAUCCUCUUCCUGGGACAUCUACUCACCUAUCCUGUGUUGUAAUACUGCCUUUAACACACCCUCAUCGACUUUCCCUCAUGCAUCACAAGUGGCCACAUGCAGCAGUUGCAGUGGGCAGAGGAUCUUUCGGUGGGCAGCAAGCACAAUGUAAUUAAAAAGAUUUCUUUGACAGUUUAGCAGAGUAAAAUAAUGUUAAUAUCUAGUACUACUACAUAAUAAAACUCUGUUUUGUUGUAUGUUUUUUUUUAAAUAUAUUUUAUAGUUCUUGUUUAUGCUUAUGAACUCUGUUUGAAUGUUUAUUUUUUGGAAUAUUGAAUUGCUCUUGUUUAUGCUUAUGUUCAUAUGCUUCAUUUGUCAUUUCUGGGAAAGGAAUUGCAUCAUCAGAACUCAGUACCUUCUUGGCAAUUUGUGUCAGUCUGUAGUUAACAUAAGACUCAAUUCCUCAGUCCUCCAAGGGGUCAUCUAACAGACUUCCAUUGAGGAAAUAAAACAUUGGAAUAGACUUUAACAUGGCAGUAGGGAUUUCUACAAAAUGAAAAUGGUGAGAGAAAGUCGUCUUGGGUAUGUUGAAAACAGUAUUCCUGGACAUCAUCAUUUCAGCUUUCUCCAAUACCUUAUAUACCAAAUAUUCUGCCUGUUUUGUUUUCCUUACCAUCAGUGUCACUUGAAUGAAGGGGCAGCCUGAUGACUUGCAUGCAUUGACCAAAUGAAAGCACAUGAAUUAUGGUGGCAGUGAUGUCUCUGAGAACCACAGAUUAACCAUUUAGAGUAAUUGCAUACUAUGUAAAUCUGCAAAGUCAGUGAACUCACAGUCUCCAACUUGGUGAGAGACUCUACUGUACAUGCAAACGAGCACUUAGUGUGUGUCUGUUUUCCCUAUUUUGGACCUUGGACUCAUAUCUAAACAGACACUUUUACUGCUAUCAUAGACUCUUUUCCUUGUCCAUGAAGAAGAGAGAAUGAAAUAGUGUACUGUCCAGGUUUAUAACACUAUAUUAUAUGAAUAUUUCAAUAUUGCAUAUGCUUUUUCCAUUUCUUUUGUACAUUUUCAGUUUCUAUGCGCACUGGCAAAGUUUUCUGGCAAACUGCAUACUAUAGUCAGCAUACUCUACUAAAUCGAAAAAAGGUGUGUUUUAAAUAUUGAGUGUCAAAGAACUGAAAAUAUAGAUAUGUAUAUGUAUUUUCAAUCCAAUAAUGUGUUUCAGCAUUUAAACAAAUAUCUUUAAUCUUAGAUUUGUUUUGUCUGAAAAAUCAGAUUAAUCCAAACCACCAUCACAUUUCGUAGUUGUAAAUUCUUCUUCUUCUUCUUCUUCAUCAUCAUCAUUUAUUCAGUAAUUCAUUUAUCUUCAGUAACCACUUCAUCUUGAUCAGUUUUGGGGUGGCUUCUGGGCCUAUCCUGGGAACAUUGGGCACGAGUUGGGCAUACAUCCUGGAUGGGACUCCUGUCCAUUGCUGCUAUUAUUAUUAUUAUUAUUAUUAUUAUUAUUAUUAUUAUUAUUAUACAUCACAUCUUCUGAGUCAUCCGGAACACCACUCAUUGAUAUAUUGCCUCUACAUGCAGGGUAAUGAUGUUUUAUGUAAAUGUAGUAAAAAGAAAAAAGGACAUAUGAUCAUAUUCACCAUGUAUGCGUGAUUCACCAUGUAUGAUGAGAUGCUGCAACUUAAUCUGCUAGAAAAAAAUCCUUUCUUUAUAGUAAAGCUGUCAUUUUCUCUA